AAAUUUAGUUUAGAAGAAAAGCAAGUACGAAAUUGGCACUUGGUGUAGAGUUAAACGCAUAUUCCUCAGCUUCAAACAAACACCACACACUCCACUCAAAAUACAACAACACUUCACCACCAUGUCUCUUACUUCAAUUCCUCCUUCUUUUUCUUCCACUUAAACCUACACGCGCCACAACGCUAUAUACCCACGCGCCACUUCUAAUGGGUUGCACGGCGUCCAAGCUAGAAAACGAGGACACGGUUAGGCGCUGCAAAGACCGUCGCCGUCUCAUGAAAGAAGCCGUCUAUGCUCGUCAUCACCUCGCCGCCGCACACUCCGACUACUGCCGCUCCCUCCGCCUCACUGGCACCGCACUCUCCACAUUCGCCUCCGGUGAACCCCUUUCUGUUUCCGAUAACACCCCCGCCGUAUUCAUCAACCACAAAACAACCAUCCCAACAACCGCCACAACUACCACAACCUUCCACCGUCCACCACCGUCAUCACACAUUCCAUCUCCUUCACCCUCCUCCUACCAUCACCACCACCACACUCCUCCUCCUCCGCCACAACAACAACCGUUUAACCCUUCACCUUCACCCACGAUAGCAACCUCAAAACUCCCUCACAUCCUCUCUUCAUCAACCACUUCCUCCACUAACCACCAUCCCCGCCGCCGUAAACAACCACCACCAAAACUCCCUCACAUUCUCUCCGAUUCAAGCCCUUCUUCCACUCCAAGAAGCAACGCUUCAAACAAUUUCGCUUCGAAUUUCUUCCCUACAGCACAUUCUACAUACUCUUCAACCCCUUCACAAACCUCCUCUGUUUGGAACUGGGAAAAUUUCUACCCUCCUCCACCACCUCCACCUGGUUCCGAUUACUUCGAUAGAGAUAAAGAAGAUGCUGCUUCACAAUUCUCAUUCAAGUCACGAAAUACUGAAGUUUCUCAUUCCCGACAACAACCUCAACAACAACAACAACAACAACCUCAAAAACAACAACAACAACCACAAACAUAUCAACAACUUCAACAACACCAACACCAACACCAACAACAACAUUAUCUUAAUCCAACAGCUCAUGAAGUUGAGGGAUUUGAUUCUGAGAGAUCAGAAUACGAUUAUUUCAAUGGAAAACUCGCAACGGUUCAGAAGAAUCAUAGUAAUCAUCAUUUGGAGGAAUACACUGAGACUGAGAGAGAGGAAGUUGAGUGUAGUGAAUGGGGAGAUCAUUACAGUACAACAUCAUCUUCUGAAGAUGAUGAUGAAGAUGAAGAUGGAGAUGAUGGGGUUGAUGGGGAUGUUGAGUCAAGGUCUGAGAUUGGGACAAGGUCGAAUUUUGGGUCAUCGUCUGCGGUGAGGAAGGGGUAUUCUGAGAAGGGAUAUGGGGAGGCAGUGGGGAAAUCGGAGGAUUUGGCGUCGUCUUCGACGGGUGAAGGGGUGAUGGAGAUGAAGAUGGUGGUGAGGCAUAGAGACUUGAAGGAGAUUGUAGAUUCAAUUAAGGAGAAUUUUGAUAAGGCUGCUGUUGCUGGGGAUAAGGUUUCUGAGAUGCUUGAGAUUAGUAAAGCUCAGCUUGAUCGAAGUUUCAGGCAAUUGAGGAAAACUGUGUAUCACUCAAGUAGUUUACUGAGCAAUCUGAGCUCAACUUGGACCUCGAAACCGCCGUUGGCGGUUAAGUACCGGCUCGACACCGGUUCCUUGGAUGAACCGGGUGGUCUCAGGAGUCUUUGCUCCACUUUGGAACGGCUUUUGGCUUGGGAGAAGAAGCUCUAUGACGAAGUUAAGUCUAGAGAAGGUGUGAAGAUUGAGCAUGAAAAGAAAUUGUCAGCGCUACAGAGUCAGGAAUACAAAGGAGACGAUGAAGCAAAGAUAUUCAAAACCAAGUCUUCCAUAAAUAAGCUACAGUCACUGAUUGUUGUUACAUCACAGGCCGUAUCUACCACCUCGACUGCAAUUGUUGGCCUUAGAGACUCCGAUCUCGUUCCUCAGCUUGUUGAGCUCUGCCACGGAAUGAUGUACAUGUGGAGAUCAAUGCACCAGUACCAUGAAGUCCAAAGCAACAUAGUGCAGCAAGUCCGCGGCCUGGUGAAUAGAUCAUCAGGAAGUGAUUCAACUUCUGAACUGCACAGGCAGGCGACUCGUGAUCUUGAAUCGGCUGUGUCGGCUUGGCACUCCAGUUUUUGUCGCCUUAUAAAAUUCCAACGGGACUUUAUUCUCUCCCUACACGGAUGGUUUAAGCUCAGCCUUAUUCCGGUGGAUAACGAUAACAUCAACAACCACAGCAGGGAACCCUCUGAUGCAUACGUGUUUUUCGAUGACUGGAAGCUUGCACUUGACCGUGUCCCCGACACAGUUGCAUCCGAAGCCAUCAAGAGCUUUAUUAAUGUUGUCCAUGUGAUAUCUUGCAAACAAGCUGAUGAGCUCAAGAUAAAGAAGCGAACCGAGAACGCUUCCAAGGAACUCGAGAAAAAGGCUUCUUCCGUACGGAAUAUAGAAAGAAAGUUUUACAGUUCAUAUUCUCUGGUAGGGAUUGGCCUUCCUGACACCGCACCUGAUAACGGACAAGGCUUGGAUGCGCGCGAUCCACUUGCCGAGAAAAAAUUAGAACUAGCAACCUGCCAAAGGCGCGUCGAAGAUGAAAUGCUGAGGCAUUCAAAAGCUGUAGAAGCAACAAGAGCUAUGACACUCAACAAUCUACAGACAGGUUUGCCUGGAGUCUUUCAGGCAUUGACGAGUUUUUCGUCGUUGUUCGCCGAGGCUCUCGAGUCGGUGUGUACUCAUUCAUAUGCCAUCAAGUAGGUAUAAUUUUAUUUGUUAUUAUGCAUGGAAUCUAAGUUCUUUCAAAUAAGGGCUGGGAAUUUUUUGGCGGCAAGCUCUUAUUGCUCGUAAUAUUUCGAGUUUUUAUUAUAUUUUGAAAUGUAAAUAUGAUCAAGAAUUUUGUGGCUCUCCACUUAUUUUGUUGGGAAAAGGGAAUUUUCUUAUUGUACAGGAAAAUUUCUUGGUUUAUUAUUGUAUCAGAGGAUUGCAAAUUUUAAUAUAUAUCAAUAACUUAUACGCAUUGUACUAUUGUGUUCA